ACUAUUAAUAAGAAAGAAGAUCGUUCUCUGGUAAAUCCUUCUUGCACAGUCAGAGACUCAAUGUCACCUUAUGCUGCCCAUGAAGCAGUUGUGCUGGGAAUGAGAAACCAUCUAUCUACUUCUGGAAUGUGCAUCUGUCUGGAAAGAAAUUCAGUGAUUUCUUCGGAAGUUUGAGGCAGGCAGCUGUACAGUGCAGAACUCCUGUGCUCUUUGGACUUUUCUCAGGGGCACACUUUGACUGAACCAUCAACUGCUGUCAAAGAUGAUCAACUCUGUGAAAGAUCGACAUAAAAUUUACUGGUUUUCCAAUACAAUGAGACGUCCACCACCGAAUGCUGCAGACUGUCACAUUCCAUGGUCUAUGAUACAUACUGGGGGAUGCACUGAAGAGUGACCCAGCUGCCAUGAACAGUUUUAUGGAGCUAAAACCAAUGUUUUAAAAAAUCCUUAGAUUGUUUCCACAGGGAAUCAAUGAAAAGGAAAACUGAACAUAACGUAGAUAUAACAAUAUUUCUUGUGUGGCAGUGCUGAGAAGUGUGAGAAUGCAUAUACUAUAAACACAAAAAAGUCCGCAGAUGCUGAAAAUCAGAAGUAACCCACAUACAAAAUGCUGGGGGAACUCAGCAGCAUCUAUGGAAAUGAAUAAAUUGUAGACGUUUAGGCCCUUGAUCCUUCUUCAGGACUGGAAAGGAAGGGGAGGAAGCUGUCUGAUAAUAAAUAUACUCUAUACAUUUAAAAUUUUUAAUAAAAUAAUACUUUCAAAUAAAUAAAAGGUGUUAAUGAAUUUUCCAGUAGAAAUACAGCCUUGUGUUCUAAUUUUGAGGCAUCAUGAACUAAGACAUAGGAAAAUAAACAAGCUCCCAAACGAAGAGGAUGGUCAAGUUUACAUAAUUCUCAAUCAAUCGUUGUAAAGCAAAAGAGAGGACAAUAUGCAUUUACGGAUUCUGAUAUGGGAUACCUGGAUAAUUUACACUUCGUCGUUCCUCCAGACUCCAAACUUCUUCCAAACUACAAGCAGACCAAAACAACAAAGAAACAGUAUCUUCCUUCUCACCCAGUAAUAAGUGACAGAAACAGAUGUUUAUAAUUCACCCCACUUGUGACCUUGUCCAUGAAAAUCAAUCGGGUCAAAUCCAUGCACAGACAGCUUUGAAUUAGUGUCAAAAAUACUUGUGAAACUACAGAAACAGUUCAAGCAUGUUGUAAAUGUUAAUAGCACGACUAAAAGUAAUUCCAUUUGGAAUCAAUAUAAUCAUUUUUAACAUCUAAUCUGAAAAUUAAUAUAUUUUGUGACCAAAACCCCCAAUUUUCAUGAAUUUAUAUCUAUCGUAGUCAAAGUACAGGUGUGAACUGAGAAGGGAAUCUUUGCUAAUUGACUAAGCAAGUGUUUAACUCCAAAGUGAACUCAGUGUGAAUACAACUUCAUGAAAGAAUCAGGCUCCCAGAAAUAACACUUCCUGAGGAAAAAAUGUGUUCUCAUUUCAGAAAACAUACCUUAACGUAGUAGAACAGCAAGAACUGCUCUUAAUUAGAAAUCCUUGAUUUUGAUCAAAUCUUUGAUUUAUAUUUAACCUUAAGGAAUUUUGUUACUACCAGGUAAAAUUAGUUCGGUGGUUAUUCUUAUCGCCACAUUCAUUUUCGUAUGUAAAUGCUAGGAAUGUAAAGUUUUAAUUUAAGUUAAGUCAAUUUUAUGGCAUUUUUAUACCACCGCGCAAAUUUCUGGAGAGUAACAGGCUCUUUCCCAGGGCUGAAUUGGUUGCCACGAGAGGACACAGGUUUAAGGUGCUGGGGAGUAGGUACAGAGGAGAUGUCAGGGUAAAUAUUUUACUCAGAGAGUGGUAAGUGCAUGGAAUGGGCUGCCGGUAAUGGUGGUGGAGGCAGAUACGAUAGUGUCUUUUAAGAGACUUUUCGAUAGGUACAUGGAGCUUAGAAAAACAGAGGGCUAUGAGUAAGCCUAGUAAUUUCUAAGGUAGGGACCUGUUUGGUACAACUUUGUGGGCCUGUAUUGUGCUGUAGGUUUUCUGUGUUUCUAACAACUCUGUCCUGGCUUUGCAUGAUCACAUACUGCUCACUCUAAGCCACUAUCCAAGCAAAUCUGACAACAGAUCAAACGAUUAGAAAAAAUAAUGUUUCUACUGGUGGGUAAAUAAGCCCUUGUAUGUCUUCAAGUUCAUUGACAGAAGGAAAGCGCACUUUAGCAGUGAGCUUCACUAAGGGCAGCUUCUACCCUGCUGUUAAAAGACAACUGAAUCCCUGGUAGGGUUCUUGACCUCGCAGUUUACCUCGUUAUGAUCUUGCGCCUCAUUGCCUACCUGCACUGCACUUCCUUUGUCGACGUUGCACUUUAUACUUCAUUCUUGUUUUACCUGAAUGCACUGUGUAAAGAUCUGAUCUGUAUGAACAGUAAAGCAACGCAAGUUUUUCACAGUACAUGUGACAAUAAUAAACCAAUUCCAAUUACGACAUUUUUCAUUAGUGUAGACAGCCAAUUCAGAAGGCAAGGGAAUUGCAACUUACCAGUUAUGAAAAAUGAAAUUACAGAACUGUCAUCUUGUUUGGGGAAUUGUGCAUGAGGAAGAAAGGGUGAGAAGAAUUAUUGUUCAUUAACUAACAUGUAUUUUCUAAUUUCUCCUACCCUGCAGAUUAUAAGCGGACAGAAAUAUAAAUUACCAACCUCCGAAUGUUGCUUUGAACAAUGGAUUUCAAAAAUUGUUUAUUGUUCUGCGCUACCAUCCCAACAUUACUGAUGCCAAGUGUUUUAUCCGCUUGUCCUUCGAUGUGUCGGUGUGACAAUGGAUUUGUUUACUGCAAUGAUCGGGAAUUGUCAUCCAUUCCUGCCAAAAUACCAGAAGACUCCACAACACUUUUCCUGCAAAAUAACCAGAUUAACAAUGCCGGGAUCCCAAACAAACUGAAGUAUCUUUUGAACAUAAAAGUGAUUUAUCUUUAUGAAAAUUCUUUGGACGAGUUUCCAAUAAACCUUCCUAGAUCACUCAGAGAGCUGCACCUUCAAGACAACAACAUUAGGGCCAUUACCCAUGAUGCACUGGCAAGGAUUCCUCUCCUGGAAAAGUUACAUCUGGAUGAUAACUCAGUGUCCACAGUUAGUAUUGAGGAAGACGCUUUUGCUGACAGUAAGCACCUUAAACUGCUCUUCCUAUCGAGGAAUCACCUGAGCAGCAUCCCGACUGGUCUUCCGAAAACACUGGAGGAAUUGAGAUUGGAUGACAACCGAAUUGCAACCAUUCCACAAUAUGCUUUCAAAGGUUUAGUCAACUUGAGGCGUUUGGUAUUGGAUGGUAACCUUUUAGCUAAUCAAAGAAUUGCAGAUGAAACUUUCAGCAGGCUGCAAAAUCUGACUGAACUUUCACUGAUCAGAAACUCCCUGAGUUUUCCGCCAACAAAUCUUCCCAGUUCAAAUUUACAAAAGCUGUAUCUUCAGGAUAACCUCAUUAGUUAUGUUCCACCCAAUGCUUUUUCAAAAAUGAGGCAGAUGCAGAGACUGGACAUAUCGAACAACAAUCUAACGAGUUUGCCCAAAGGAGUCUUUGACGACUUGGUCAACUUGAAUCAGCUGCUGUUACGCAACAACCCUUGGUACUGCGGCUGCAAGAUGAUGUGGCUGAGAGACUGGUUGCAAACAACAGCGUUUCACGUUAACGUGAGGGGGUUGAUGUGCCAAGGUCCCGAAAAAGUUCGAGGAAUGGCGGUCAAAGACAUCAAAACAGAAAUGAAUGAAUGUUUACGUGGUGGCAAUCCAGCUCCAAAGACAACCCCAAUCAUACAUACGGUAACUGCCACUCAAGGAUUACAUUUCACAUAUAAACCAAGGCAGCCAAACUUGAAGCCACCAGAUUUGACUGUAGACCAUCCUUUGUCCGGAGGGUCGGGAACAAAACCAAUAAUCAUCAAUGUAAUGCCUUUAACAGCUGACAGCAUUCGCAUAACAUGGAGGACAAUGUUGCCGGUCAGUUCCUUCAGGCUUAGUUGGCUGAGACUCGACCAUAACCCGUCAGUCGGGUCCAUCACUGAAACCUUGGUACAAGGAGACCAGACUGAAUAUCUUCUCACAGCCCUUGAGCCCAAGUCGACCUACAUCAUCUGCAUGGUUACGAUGGAGGCCAGCAAUUUCUAUGUAAGAGAUGAGACUCCGGUCUGUGCUAAAGCUGAGACUGCUGAUCUGUAUAGCCCGACCACAACGUUAAACCGGGAGCAAGAGGAAUCGGACCAAGUAGUCCUACCCCUGGCUGGUAUUAUUGGAGGCGCAUCAGCUUUAGUAUUCAUUGUUGUUGUCCUUGCAGCAUUCUGCUGUUACGUCAACAACAACCGGAAUGUUUUCUCACAGGAUCAACCAUACAACAGAGGCUGUAGGAAAAAGGACGACUACGCAGAGGCAGGGACAAAAAAAGACAAUUCCAUUUUAGAAAUCCGAGGGAGUGGGUUUCAGAUGAUACCACUCAACAACCAACAACGACCGAAGGAGGAGUAUGUGAUCCACACCAUAUUUCCAUCCAAUGGGACAAGUAUUUACAAGAACAGUCAUAGAACAGCACUUGGCAGUAACCGAGGUUACAGAGACGGUGGGAUACCAGAUGCUGAAUACUCUUACACGUGAUUGCAGAGAUGCUUUACGGCAUUUUUCAUCUCCAAUGCACUGCAAACAAAAGAUACUUACAAAAAAAAAUCAUAAAAACCAUUAGGGACAAAACACAAAGUCCAGCAGAAAAUGCCUGGCACAAUAUUUUGUACAUUUGUCAUAUAAUUUAUAUUUAAUAUGCUUAAAAGAUUAAAAAAGCUGGAUAUUUAGAAAGAAAACACAGCUUCCUAAUUGUAUUCAAGCCAUUCUUUCUUUUGCAUUUUGGUUAGAAGUGGGAUAAAGAAUGAACAGCCUACUCUGGAAUCAUAAGGCAUUUUAAAGACUCAGAAGUGUUUUAGUAUCAAACAAGUAAACAAUGUAGAAAUUCUUUUAGCAAUGCAUUCUUUUCCCACCAUGUUGAAGAUUUACUGCAUAUGGUUCAGCAAAACAUACAUGCAUACAUACAUAUAUAUAUAUAUAUAUAUAUAGAUAUAUAUAAAAAUUCUGUUUCUCUGUGCAGGAUUUAAAUUUCCCCAUACUUCCAGUGGUAUCAUCUGUUGAUGUUUUGUUUCCCUCUGUUCUGCAAAGUGUUUUAAAAGAGAAAAUUAGUUUUAAGAUAUUUAGUUCUUUAUGGUGUUGCUUGUGGUGUUGUUUUAGGACAUUAUCAUAAUUGGGAAAACAGAGUAUCAUUGUUACUUUUGAAGACAGUUUUGCUAAAACAUUUAAAAAAAUAAGUUAGAUAUUUAUGUACCUAGACCAUGAAUUAUAUGUCCUUAAAUGAGAAGCCAAAUGGACAUAAUAAUGGUUAGCUGACCUGUCAUGGCAUUUGAUUCUCUCAACUUAACUCUGAGAACUAUUGCAGGAAAAGCUGCAACUGAAACAAAUUUAAACACAAUAGAAAAAUUUGCAAUUUAUUUGAAUAAUUUACGAGCCUUAGAUCUGUUCUGUAGUUACAUUUAUUUCCAUAAUACAAAGUGUAGAAUAUCUGACGUCACAGUGAAUUUGGUUUUGACAAACUAUCUGUGUUAAGUGAAAUGCCCUGCCUUUUUUUUUAUAAAAGCUCCCUAAUUUUAAGGAAAACAAUAUGAUUUCUGAAAUGACUCGUAAACUAAAUGUUCAAAGGGUUAAUAACUUUCUUCAUAAAAGAAAUUAGUCCAAAUGUUGUGAAAAGAACACAUUUAAACUGAAACACGCCCAAGGCUUGGUGUGAAAUAUGUUUCAGUGAUAAAAAGUGAUGCUUCUGAUGGAAAUAUGUUUCAAUAUACCAGAGCUGCACAAGUGUAUUAUCUACUGCUAACCUAAGCAUUGGAGGCUCAUCUUCCUCAUUUUUGUCCCCUCUAUGGUGAUGCAUUUUUAUGUUCUGAGAAUUCUUUCGGGAAAUGUAUACAUCUUUACUGAAAGCAACUUCUGUUUCAAACAGUGUUCAUUUUAUUCCUGUUUAUUAGUGACAAGAUUUCCUGAACAUUUGAGUUGAUAGCCUCAAACUUUUCUACCUAGCAGAUACAGUAAUACCCUGGAUUGAUGAUUAACAGAAAUAAUAAUGAAGAUUAUAUAGAAGUUUGACAGUGAAUAAUUUUUAAACAUGAUUAGCAAGUCACAACUGACUUUUUAAAGAAAUUCUCUUUAAACUAUAAAAUGCUCUAAUAUUUUUAUGACCUUAAGUAUUGUUAUCAGGAUCAUAUUUCCACACUAAUGAUAAUGUGAUAUUGAAUAUUAAAAGAUCUGGAGAGAGAGUGGUGGAGAGGAUGUUUCAUAUAGCACGUGAGUGUAGGACCAGAGGACACAGCCUCAAAAUACAGAGACGUCCCUUUAGAACAGAGAUGAAGAGGAAUUUGUUCAGCAAUGAAUCUGUGCAAUUUAUUGACACAGAUGGCUGUGGAGGCCAAGUCAUUGGGUAUUUUCAAACAGAGGUUGAGAGGUUCUUCAUUAGUAAGGAUGUUAAAAGAUUACAGGGAGAAGGCAAGAGAAUGGGAUUGAGAAAGGUGAUGGAAUGAUGGAGCAGACUCAAUGGGCCAAAUGGCCUAAUUUUGCUCCUUAUGGUCAUUGUGUUACAUCAUCCCAUCUUUUACAGUCAUUUCACAGUUCUAAUUUGUAUCUAACCAUAAAAUACUGAUUUAUUUUAAAUUAGAGAAUUUUAAUGAGAAUAUUCACUACAUUGCCUGCUCGCAUUUUUCCCCACUCCAACCUCCCACCAAACCCAACACUUUUAAAUUACUUUCAGAAAUGGCAUUUAAAAAAAAGAUCGACAAAAUAUAAUAGAAAGAUUUUUACACUAGUAGGAUAUAGAUUUUCAUUCCAGAUAGGCUGAACAUUCUGCACUUUAACUACUUAAGUAUACACCUGAUAGCUUCAGAUCAUCUUGGCUGUCGCACCAGUCAGACCAGAUGAAAGCAGAACCACUCAAAUAACUUGCUUACCGCAGCAAUGUUGGCAUUUAUACUUUACGCCUCAGAAGAGUCAGAAUUAUAAUAGAUCCUCAAAUUAAAAUGAUUGUUAAAAAUACUUCACUUAAUCAAACGUUAUACAAAGCAUUUGUCUCAACCACUCAGAAUGUAAUUAAAAUGCAGUGCAUAGUCCAUGCAGGCAGUAGAGUGCAUAAAACAAAAUAUUGAUUCUAAUCCACUGCGCCAUUAUUCGGGAAAGAUGUACAUUUACAGCUUUAAAGUGAGAGCACACCUCAUUGCAGUGCGAUACAUUUUCAAAAUGAGAAAAACGAGCCACCAGCAAUCUUUGCAGCAUCAUUCUAAAAAAACAGGAGAACUGCCAAUACUUCCAGCAGACUGAUUUACAAACUGUUCUGAGCAGGCAACCGUGAAUAAUUAUCCACUUCAAUGUUACAUGUAGAACUGAACAUUCAGCAUUCUCAACCUUGUCAAUUCAGCAAAGCUGACCCUGACAACAAUAUAUACUCCGUGGCCACUUUAUUAUGUACCGCCUGUACCUAAUAAAGUGGCCACGGAGUGUACGUUCAUGGCCAUCCACUUCAAGGUUCGAGAUGCUCCACUGUUCGAGAUAACCAUACACCACUGUUGUAGCGGGGUGGUUAUUUGAGUUAUAGUCGCCUUCCUGCCAGCUUGAGCUGGUCUGGCCAUUCUCCUCAGACCCCUCUCAUUAACGAGGCAUUUUCACCCUCAGAACUGAUACUCACUGGAUGUCUUUUUGUUUCCUGCACCCUUCUCUGUACUCUAGAGACUGUUGUGGUGAAGAAUCCGAGGAGAUCAGCAGUUUCUGAGGUACUCAAACCACCCCAUCUGGCGCCAAAAAAUCAUUCCACAUCAAAGUCACUUCAGUCACAUUCUGCUGUUUGGUCUGAACAACAACUGGACCUCGUGACCAUGUCCGCAUCCUUUUAUGCAUUGUGUCUCUGCCACAUGUUUGGCUGAUUAGAGUAAGUGUACGGGUGUACCUAAUAAAGUGACCACUGAGAGUAUCUGAAAAUUCCAAACUACAGGCUAAUAAAAGAAAAGGUGGUUUUAGUGCAAGUACUGUAAGAAUAAACUAUUAUAAUAAGUCACCAAUCUUGACUCAUACUUUUACCUCAUAGGUUUUCAAGUUUAAUGCCAUCAAGAGAAAUGGUCCACCCUCAGUUUAAUAUAUCAAAAAUAUAUUUUACACGCUCCAGCAAAUUACCAGGUUGGCCUUCUUAGAGAAAAGUAAAUAAUAAGGGACUUCUGUCUGUAAAAUUUACUUAAAGGUAUCUCCACCCUGGGGUUGCAAACAAAGACCAAGAGAAGUAGCGAAGGACAUCAUGGCACAGUUACACAGGUAGAGGGGCCUCCCAUCUGGAAAAAAGUGAAAAGAGAUUUUGGAAACCUUGAGCAACAAAAUGCUGGAGGAGCUCAAUGGGUCAAGGAGCAUCUGUGUACAGGAAAUAAACAAUCAACAUUUUGGGCUGAGACCCUUCUUCAGGACUGGAAAGGAAGGGGGCAAGAG